AAGCAGAAGAACAUCGCAGGAGCGCUGGCGUUUUGGAUGGCCAACGCCUCGGAGCUGCUCAACUUCAUCAAGCAGGACCGAGACCUGAGCCGCAUCACGCUGGACGCCCAGGACAUCCUCGCACACCUCGUCCAGAUGGCUUUCAAGUACCUGGUCCACUGUCUCCAGGCGGAUCUGAACAACUACAUGCCCGCCUUCCUGGACGACCCCGAGGAACAGAAUCCACAGAGGCCCAAGAUCGAGGACGUACUUCACACGUUGACAGGGGCGAUGUCGUUACUUCGGCGAUGUCGAGUGAACGCCGCUCUGACCAUACAGCUGUUCUCGCAGCUCUUCCACUUCAUCAACAUGUGGCUCUUCAACAAGCUGGUGACGGACACAGACUCGGGGCUGUGCUGCCACUACUGGGGGGCGAUCCUCCGGCAGCAGCUCAGCCACAUCGAGGCCUGGGCCGAGAAACAGGGCCUGGAGCUCGCUGCGGACUGCCACCUCAGCAGAAUCGUACAGGCCACCACGCUGCUGACGAUGGACAAAUACUCCAUGCAGGACGUGCAGAACAUCCACAACACCUGCUUCAAGCUCAACUCCCUGCAGCUGCACGCGCUCAUGAACAACUACCACUGCGCUCCAGACGAGCCUUACAUCCCGCCCGAGCUGAUAGACCAUGUGGUGGCGGUGGCGGAGAACACGGCAGACGAGCUGGCGAGGAGUGACGGCCGGGAGGUCCAGCUGGAGGAGGACCCUGACCUGCAGCUGCCCUUCCUCCUGCCUGAGGACGGGUACUCCUGCGACGUGGUGCGCAACCUGCCCAACGGCCUGCAGGACUUCCUGGAGCCGCUGCUGCAGAGAGGUUUCUGCAGGUUAGUGCCCCACCCCCGCUCUCCUGGUACCUGGACGGUCCACUUUGAAGGAGCCGACUGCGACAGCCACUUCUCUGCUGCUGACAGCUCUGAGAUGCCAAUGAGGAAAGACCCAGAGGUUGUCACAGUAACCCUGAAGAAGCACAACGGCAUGGGCCUCAGCAUCGUGGCUGCCAAGGGUGCGGGUCAGGAGAAGCUGGGCAUCUACGUCAAGUCUGUGGUGAAAGGAGGAGCAGCGGACGUGGACGGUCGUCUGGCUGCAGGUGACCAGCUGCUGAGCGUAGAUGGACGCAGCCUCGUCGGCCUAUCACAGGAGAGGGCUGCGGAGUUAAUGACGAGGACGGGUGCAGUGGUGACUCUGGAGGUGGCGAAGCAGGGAGCGAUCUACCACGGUCUGGCAACGCUCCUGAACCAGCCGAGCCCCUUGCUGCCCCGAGCUGCAGACCGAGGGCGUGAUAAGAACGGAAAGCUGCGACCAAAGAGCGAGGGCUUCGAGCUUUACAACAACUCUGUGCAGAACGGCUCUCCGGAGAGUCCGCAGGCCGGCUGGGACUCGUACCCCGAACCAAAGAAGACCAACGAAGACCGGCUGCUCAAGAAUCGAGCCGACCACCGGUCCAGCCCUAACGUAGCCAAUCAGAGCCAGAGUCCUGCGAGCAAAGCGGUUUACCCCGGAGGACCCGGCACCAAAAUCACCUCCGUCUCCACCGGGAACCUGUGUGCAGACGACGAGCCCUCCCCCCCCCACCCAGAGGAGUACCCCAUCCCCACCCAGACCUACCCCAGAGAGUACUUCACCAUCCCGGCCUCCAAGAGCCAGGACCGGGUGGUGGGUCCGGGGCCGGGACCCCCUCAGCACUGGCAGGGCGUGGAGGACAGAGAGCGCCUCCCUGUGGUGGAAAACAUCCACAACAACAACAACAGCAUGCAGCGGAUCAACCACUCCCAGGAGGAUUUGUACCCCCCACCAGGAGGCAUGAGGCCUGACAUGCAGCCUCUCUACCAGCAGGACUACCAGCCCAGAGACCUGGACUACCAGCUGGACUACCAGAGAGGUCCCCCAGGAGGGGGUCCUGAGCACUGGGCCCCUCAGCCUCAGGUCUCCUCCUCGUUGGAGUCGUCCACCUCCAGUCAGGAACACCUCAACUUCUCCGCCUCCUCCUCCUCCUCCAACAAGACCCUGAAUCAGAAGACAGGUCCGGGUCGAUGGAAGACCCCCAACGCCCCCCACGCUGCCCCCCCACACCCAGCAGGGACCCCCUCCCGCUCCGACCUCCCCCCUCCUCCCCCUCCUCCUCCGGCCCCUUACCCCGACCCCUACGACGCCUACGAGCCCCAGCCGGAGCUCCCGCUGCCCCCCCCGCCCACCGCCGUCUCCCCCGCUAACGCCCAGCAGGCCGCGGACCGGAAGAAACGAGAGGAGCAGCAGCGCUGGUACGAGAAGGAGAAGGCUCGGCUGGAGGAGGAGAGGGAGAGGAAGAGGAGGGAGCAGGAGAGGAAGCUGGGUCAGAUCCGGGCCAACCCUGUGAUGCCCGUCCAGCCUCACAACAACGGAGGCUCCAUGCCCCCCCCCCACCACCAGCAGCCCCCCCCUCACCACCAGCAGCCCCCACCUCACCACCAGCAGCCCCCCCUCCCCUCAGUGACCCCCCCCAUGCCCUACCUCCCCCCCCAGCCUCAGCCCCCCCCGCCUAGACCGCUGGCCAGCCUGCCGCGGUCCGCCGUCCCCCCCCCCGCCUCCCACCCUGCAGGCAUGGACACGGUGAUCCGGGAGCUGUUACCGCAGCAGCAGCCGCGCACCAUCGAGAGGAGAGACCUGCAGUACAUCACCAUCAGCAAGGAGGAGCUCUCCACCAGCGACAGCCUCUCUCCAGACCCCUGGAAGAGAGACGCCCGCGAGAAGGCUGAGAAGCAGCAGCAGCUCCACAUCGUAGACCUGCUGGACAAAGAGAUCCAGGAUCUGCAGUCGAAACCGGAGCGAACGGCGGAGGAGAGCGACCGCCUCAGGAAGCUGAUGCUGGAGUGGCAGUUCCAGAAACGACUGCAGGAGUCCAAGCACAGCGACGAAGACGAGGAGGAGGAGGACGACGAGGACGUGGACACCAUGAUGAUCAUGCAGAGGCUGGAGGCCGAGAAGAGAGCCAGG